AUGUUACCGCAUGAUAAGACAGAUGGGAAGAGAACGCCGGGAUUCUUCAUAUCGACGAGCAAUAUGACGUAUCUCAAUAUCAAAGGGAAGGAUUUGAAGUCGUCGAGAUGGGGAAAUCCCAAUGCGAGUUCCGGAUGGAAGAAUAGGAUGGAAUAUGGUGUCACUGCUUCGAAAGGUGUUACCAAGCUUUCGCUUAUCAUGAACACAUCGGUGAUCCUGCCGCCAGUCUCUUGGAAUAUCCCUAUCUUUGGAGAGAUAUCACCGAAGAAACAACAUUCGAGAUCCAAGUCAUCGAGACGGAGUAGCUCGUCUAGCUCUGGCUCACAUUCCGGUUCAAGAUCCAAUUCGUCGCGAAGUAGCCACUCAAAUCGAGGAAGCAGAGAAAGUGGUCACUCAAGACGAGAAGAGACCCCGGAGCGACCACCACCCAGAAUUAAAGAGAAAGAGCCAAGACACAAGAUACGGCCGAUUGAAGAGCGAGAUCAUCGACAACGUCAUGCAAAAGAACGCCGGAAACGAAGACCAAAUGUUGAUCCCGGAUUCAUUGAUAACGUUGAUCCUAUGUGA